AUGAAGAUGAAUAGUAUUAGUACAUGUACUAUCAGUAAAGCUAGAUCAUACGACAACACAGUAUGGGAGUGUGUGAUUCCAUACAUACAAAGGCCUCAAGAUCGGGCUGCAAUUUCUCUGGUGUGCAAAAGUUGGUACGAGAUCGAUGCCAUCACGAGAAAGCACAUCACUAUUGCUCUGUGUUACACCACCACGGCCGACCGCCUCUUAGGACGGUUCCCCCACCUGGAGUCCCUCAAACUCAAGGGCCAACCACGAGCUGUAAUGUUUAGCCUUAUGCCGAAUGACUGGGGCGGCUAUGUUACGCCGUGGAUCGAGGAAAUCGUCAAGUCCUCCAAUAGAAUUAAAGCGUUGCACUUUCGAAGAAUGAUAGUGAAGGACUCGGACCUUGAAUUGCUUGCCACUUCAGAGACUGGCAAGGGUCUUAAAGUCUUGAAACUUGAUAACUGCCGUGGAUUUUCCACAGACGGACUCUUGCAUAUCAGUCGCUUUUGCCGGAGUAUGAAGACCUUGUUUAUGGAAGAAAGCACAAUUGUUGAGAAUGACGGGGAAUGGCUACAUGAGCUUGCUCUGAAAAAUACAGUUCUUGAAAAUUUGAAUUUCUACUUGACAGAUCUUGUCAAAAUCUCAUCUGAAGACCUUGAUCUGAUAGCCAAAAAAUGUGCAUCUUUAGUCUCUGUGAAAAUUUCUGAUUCUGAUACUUCUGACCUAUGUGGUUUCUUCCGAUCUGCAACUUCAUUAGAAGAGUUUGGUGGGGGCUCGUUUAGUGCGCUCCCCGAGCAGGUUAAUGAAGGUGUUUUAUAUGAGCAAUUGAAAAGGUAUUCCACAGUAGCAUUUCCACCAAGAUUGUGCCGCUUGGGUCUCACUUUCUUGGGGAAAACUGAAAUGCCGAUUGUGUUUCCUGUUGCUUCUCGGCUUAAAAAACUUGAUCUCCUUUAUGCUAUGCUUGACACAGAAGGACAUUGUCUCUUACUACAAAGAUGUCCAAACUUGGAAAUACUUGGAGCAAGAAUCGUUAUUGGAGAUAGAGGAUUGGAAGUUAUAGCUCAAUUUUGUAAGAGAAUGAAAAGGGUAAAGUUUGAGCGUGGAGAUGAAAAUGAAGAAGCCGAAGGUGUGAUUUCACAUAGAGGAUUAAUUGCUUUGUCGCGAGGAUGCAUUGAAUUGGAACACUUGUCACUAUAUGUGUCUGACAUUACAAAUGCUUCCCUAAAAUGUGUGGGCACAUACUUGAAAAACCUCCAAAACUUCCGAUUGGUCUUGAUUGAAAAACAAGGAAAAUUCGCAGAUUUUCCACUUGAUAAUGGAGUUCGAUCUCUGUUAAUGGGUUGCCAUAAACUAAGGAGGUUCGCUCUGUGUCUCCAGCCGGGGGGUUUGACAGAUGUAGGACUCAGUUAUAUUGGACGGUACAGCCCAAAAGUGAGAUGGAUGCUUUUGCACUAUGUUGGGGAAUCAGAUAAAGGGAUUAUGGAAUUUUCCAAAGGCUGCCCUAGCCUCCGAAAGUUAGAAAUGGUGGCAUGCUGUUUUAGUGAACGCGCACUGGCAGUUGCUGUACUACAACUAACUUCUCUGAGGUAUUUGUGGUUGACAAAAUAUAGGACUACGGCAAGUGGUGGGGAUCUAAUACGUAUGGUGCGUCCAAACUGGAUUACUGAGGUGAUUCCUGCAACACAAGUUCCUGGUCAUAAUGCAAAUGGGGAAGUUGUGCUUGCCCACAUUCUAGCAUAUUAUUCACUUGCUGGGCAGAGAACAGAUUUGCCGUCUACUAUGAGGCCUUUGAUCCCAAAUAUCUAA